GCAGUGCUAUCAAGCCGCGUCUGGCUGCCGUGCGCUGGUGCAGGUGCUCUAUUUCAUCGAGAGAGGAUGCGAAAGGAAAGAAGGGGAGGGAAAGAAUGAAGGGAACCGUCGGAGAAAAGUAUGCAAGGCAUGAAUAAAAGGGAAUCAGCAGCUGACAGUGUGUCUAACGUCCAGGAGCUCGGCUAAGAAUGAUUUAUUGAAAGGGGCACUUUGAGAUAUGAUAAGGUUUCUCUCUGGUUGGCAAUAGUACUAUGAUUUGGUAUGUGGCCACUUUGAUAGCAAGUGUAUUCAGCACCAGAGGAACAGCUGCUCAAGGUGCCCACGGAGUCAGAGAGGAGCCCCAGUUUGUGACGGCCCGCGCAGGGGAGACCGUGAUUCUGGGAUGUGACGUGGCUCACCCACUCAACGGCCAGCCCUACGUGGUGGAGUGGUUCAAGUUUGGAGUGCCCAUCCCCUUCUUCAUCAACUUCCGCUUCUACCCUCCUCACGUGGACCCCGAGUACGCCGGCCGAGCCAGCCUGCAUGGCAAGUCGUCUCUACGUAUUGAGAGGGUUCGCUCAGAAGACCAGGGCUGGUACGAGUGCAAGGUCCUGAUGCUGGAGCAGCAGUACCACACCUUUCACAACGGCAGCUGGGUGCACCUCACAGUCAAUGCUCCCCCAACUUUCACGGACACGCCGCCGCAGUAUGUGGAGGCCAAAGAGGGGGGCAGCAUCACUCUAAGCUGCACGGCCUUCGGGAAUCCCAAACCUUCAGUCAGCUGGCUCAGGGAGGGAGACCCCGUACAGGACAGCAGCAAGUAUAAGGUGAGUGAUGGCAGCCUGACGAUUGUUUCCAUCAGCCGUGAGGACAGGGGAGCGUACACAUGCCGAGCGUACAGCGAGCAGGGAGAGGCCGUCCAUACCACACGCCUACUCGUCCAAGGACCCCCAUUUAUUGUUUCACCACCAGAGAACAUAACCGUAAACAUAUCCCAGGAUGCAUUCUUCACUUGUCAGGCUGAGGCAUAUCCUGGCAACCUAACGUACAGCUGGUUCUGGGAGGAAGAUAAUGUCUACUUCAAGAAUGAUCUAAAGCGCAGAGUGAGUAUUCUGAUCGACGGUUCACUCAUCAUCUCCCAGGUGAAGCCUGAGGAUGCUGGGAAAUAUACCUGCAGCCCGAGUAACAGCCUUGGGCGCCCACCUUCUGCAUCAGCGUACCUGAUAGUGCAUUACCCUGCCCGUGUUGUAAACAUGCCGCCCGUUAUUUACGUGGCUAUCGGACUGCCGGGGUUCAUCCGCUGCCCGGUGGAUGCCAACCCGCCUGUCACUUCAGUGAAGUGGAAAAAAGACGGUCUGCCUCUGCGGAUAGAGAAGUACCCUGGCUGGAGCCAAAUGGAAGAUGGGAGUAUUCGAGUGUCUGAGGUGACAGAGGACUCUCUCGGCACCUACACCUGUGUGCCUUACAAUAGCCUCGGUACAAUGGGACAGUCCCCUCCCGCCCCUCUGGUGCUAAAGGACCCACCCAAAUUUCUGGUGGUUCCUGGAGGGGAGUACAGGCAGGAGGCUGGUCGAGAGCUGGUCAUCCCCUGUGAGGCAGAAGGAGACCCAUUCCCCAACAUUACAUGGAGAAAGGUAGGGAAGCCCAGCAGAAGCAAGCACAAUGUCCUACCACGAGGCAGCUUACAGUUCAAAUCUCUCAGCAAGGAGGACCAUGGGGAGUGGGAGUGUGUCGCCUCCAAUGUCGCCACGAGCAUCACUGCCAGCACGCACCUCCUAGUAAUCGGCACAAGCCCACACCCCCCUGCCAAAGUCCAUGUUUCUGUCUCGACGACCUCGGCCAACGUCUCUUGGGAGCCCGCUUACGACGGCGGCUUUGAGCAGACAUUCUCAGUCUGGGUGAAGAGGGAGCAGUUAGGACCGCAUGACUGGCUGUCCAUGCCUGUGCCCAGCAGGCAGCACUGGCUCCUGGUGCAAGGCCUGGAGUCUGAGACGGCCUACCAAUUCAGCGUCCUGGCCCAGAACAAACUGGGGACGGGCCCGUUCAGUGAGGUCGUCACUGUGAACACACUAGUAUUUCCUAUAAGUACCCCAGAACCACUGGUGCUGCUUACCCCACCACGGUGCCUCACAGCCAACCGGACACAGCAGGGAGUCCUACUCACAUGGAUCCCUCCAGCCAAUCACACAUCGCCAAUUGAUCACUACAUCAUGGAGUUCCGCCUUGGGGAGAGGUGGGAUGUUCUUGAUGAUGCAAUCCCUGCUGCAGAGACAGAGCUAUUGGCUAGAGACCUGGUUCAGGAGGCCUGGUAUGAGUUCAGAGUGAUGGUGGUUAUGGAGGACGUUAUCAGUGAGCCCAGUAAUGUAGUGGGAGUCUCUAGCACAGACUACUUUCCGCUGCCUGAGGUGCCAGACGAGGGGCUGGCGCGGCCGGUGGUGGCAGGCAUUGUGGCCACCAUCUGUUUCCUGGCAGCAGCCAUCCUCUUCAGCACGCUAGCAGCCUGCUUCGUCAACAAACAGAGACGGCGUAAGCUCAAGCGGAGACGAGACCCCCCUCUGUCUAUAACACACUGCAGAAAGAUCUCCCCUUGCACCUCACCAUCAUCCUCUGGAAAGGUUAGUCCAGAAAGUGUCCGCUCCAUUGGACCUUCUUCAGAGUCCUCAGAGGAUGGUUUACGAGCUAAGACGUUUCCUCAAAGUCCUGCCAAGGAAAAGGAGCUGUCUUUAUACAAGAAGACCAAGAGAGCAAUAAUUAGCAAGAAAUUUAGCAUCUCUAAGCAUGAGGCAGAGGUUACCACCCCAAUUGAAUUGAUCAGUCGUGGCCCAGAUGGGCGCUUUGUCAUGGAACCCACAGAUGCGGAAACCCCAGUUAAGGCACGGCGCAUUGAGGGCUUCCCCUUCGUGGAGGAGUCCGACCUGUACCCUGAAUUUCGACAGUCAGAUGAUGAGAAUGAUGAUCCGGGGCCCAUGCCGCCUAUGAUGGCUACCCUCAGACCCCAUCAGAUCUCGCCCAUUUCUUCUAGCCAGGAGUCUUACUUGCAGCCCCCAGCCUACAGUCCCCGCUUCCAGAGGCCCAUGGAAGGCAUGACUAUCAUGGAGACCAGUCGUCUCCAGGCUACAGGGCAGAUUCGUGGUGCUCCUCACUUUCGAGCCUUUUCCCAUGGCCAGUUCUACAGCUACUUAGGAAGUCCAGGGGAACCAGAGCCUCCACCUCCUUUCUAUAUGCCAGAUACCAGCCCUCUCAGCUCAGUAAUGUCUUCUCCUCCUUACCACCUGGAGGGACCUUUUGGUCAUCCCACCAUCCCAGAGGAAAUCGGUGAGGGAGAGAUUCAGCAUUAUGCAGUCUCUGGCUACACCCUUCCCCUGGCGCACCCCUCCACCUCACGCUCUCCAGAUAUCUGGCAGCGACCUGAUUUUACCUUUGCCACAAUCGAGGGUCCUCACUUUAUUUUUCCACCCCCACACCCAUUGCAUCUUCAUCCGGAACCUCCCCUUCCUCCCCCUCUUGUUCUUCCUCCUAGUGUCCUCCACCCCUCCACCCUUCAAUUAUCUCCUUACCCUGGUAUCCUGCAGCUGCAGGCCCCAAAGAGCCACCCAGGCAAGUCUCCCAGCAAGGUCAAGCCUCAGGGCCUUCCAGCCAAGCAUUUACCUAUGCAAGAGGCACAGAGUUUAGGGCAGCUAAGACACACAAACCACGGUAUGGGUGUACCAGUAUUGCCUUACCCUGACCCGGUGUCUCACAUGGUUGGCCCAAGCUCCUUCAGAAGCCUGGAUACUCGAUGGUACGAGCUUACACCCAGGCUUAGCCCAAGGCAGUCCCGCAGGAUGGAACCCAGCAUGGUAGUUCUCCAGCCAUCCCGCCUCUCACCUCUAACUCAGAGUCCUAUUAGCUCUCAUGAAGGCUCACCGGAGAUUGUAGUACGCCCCAGGCCCCGUCCCAGUGUCAUCCAACCCCCGAUCCCUCCUGAGAUGUCUGAGAUCACCCUUCAACCUCCUUCUUCAGCUAGCUUCUCUAGAAGGUCCACCCCCUCCUCUUCUCCUGCUCAAGGCCAAGGCAGCCGAAGGGCAAGUCCCAGCUACCGAUCCCUCAUGGCAUUUGCAACCUCAGCAGCAAGCUAUCCGUCACAGUCCCCUUCACCUCCUGUAGAAAGCAGCAACAUUUUUGGGCAGAUGCCAACUCAUAGGAGGACUGAGGAGGAGAUCCUUCCAUCAGAACCCUCUCCACCCCAGUUAUCAGCUUCAGGAAAACGUCGAGGUGCACCAAGUGGCUCUGCAGGGUCUGAGAAGAGAGAAGCGCUGCGAUAUCAACGAGUGAAAAAAGCCAAGAAAGUCAGCAUCAACAAUAACAACUCCAAGACCAGACGAAAGAUGGGUGUGCCCCCCUCUCAGACCCAGCAGCCCCACACCUCUCAGGUCCUCCAGCCAGAAGAAGCUCUCUACCUCCACAAGAAGAAGAAAAAGUUGACUCGCCAGGACCCGUACACCCGCUUUUCUGCUCUGCUGUACCGCCGCCCGCCCCGAGAAGACCAGAAAGCCAUUUUGGCUAGUAUGUACACAGCAGACCCAGACCACGCCACUCUCCUCUGAUGUCCCAGAGAUUACAGGCCACACUCUCCUCAAACUCUGAGCUCCUUCCACCUUUGCUCAGCCAGCCAACGUCUUCACGUCCACCCCUGAAUCCAAUGGUUUAAUCCUCUUUUCUGUUACGCUUAAUGUAUCACAAAAAAAUGCUUAUGUUCCAAGGUUUUGCUCUAGUCCAUUUACCUCAAAUUCAGAAGGAUAGGUCAUCUUGAGCAGAUUUAAAAGAAUAACUUAAAUGCCUCAUUUCAUCUUAGUGACUCUUAACAUAUGGUGCGUCAGAUAAGGGAAUAGCUGUCAAGCUUCUGUUUCAUUCUGCUAACAGUAGAUCACAGGGUUUUCACAGGUAUACCUCAAACUCACCACAAUCUCACUGCUGCUAUACUGACAAACACAGAAGGCGUUAGCAAUCUGAACAUUUGUUUGUAUUUUUCAAAUAUGACAUUCCACAGUGCAUAUUUUGAACAUUUUAGCAAACCAUCCAUCAAAAAGUGCAAUGGUCAGUAAGAUUUUCUGAUGUUUUUGAAAGUGAUCUCUUAUGCUCACCAAGACUGCGUUUAUUUGAUAAAAAAUACAGUAAAAACAGUAAUAUUUUGAAAAAUGAAUAGAAUUUAAAAUAACUGUUUUAUUUCAGUAUAUUUUAUAAUGCAAUUUAUCCAUGUGAUGGCAAACUUGAAUUCUCAGCAGCCAUUACUCCAGUCUUCAGUGUCACGUGAUCCUUCAGAAACCAUUUUAAUAUGUUGAUUUGGUGCUCAAUAAACAUUUCUUCUUAUUAUCAAUGUUGAAAACAAUUGUACUGCUCAAUAUUUUUUGUGAAAACCAUGAUACAUUUUUUUACAAUUCUUUGUUGAUGAAAAGAACAUCAUUUAUUUGUAGAAAUGAAAUAGAAAUCUUUUGUGACGUGAAAAAUCACUUUUGAUCAUUUUAAAUGUGUCUGUGCUAAAUAAAAGUAUUAAAAAAUCUUACUGACCCCACAUUUUUUAAAAGGAAGCAUAGUAGUUUGUAAAAUAUUAACACCCUGCACUGUGGAUAUUAGUGAUGGUAUGAAACUUGAUUAUGCGUGCGUUUGAGAUCUCUACUCACACACACUAUACUAAUACUAAGGAGGAAAUGGAAACACUCUUUUACAAGCACAACAAUUCAUCUGUUAAAGCUACAGUACAGGCUAACACACAGGCUUGGAUGGCAGCAUCAAGCAUUUGAAUAAGGGAACAUUUCAUUUCAAUGCAAUUUUUGAUAAACAUAUGCAUACUUUAUUACAGAAGCUGCUAUAUCCUUCUACACUUUUUGAACACAAACUUGAACUGAAGCAAAACCUUGGUGACUACUGUGAGUGACAUUUUUAGUUUAUGCCAACUUCACUUCUCUUGGUUAUCAAGCUCUAUUCGGAAAGUACUAUAGUAAUGCCAAAAAUACUACAGCUUCUUUAAUCAAUAAGACAAUAAAUUGUACUGUACUGUGAGGAGGAUAGGAUUUUGUGCCAUAAUAAACUAUAGUAUUUUUGUCAUCAAAACAUGCAAUGCCCCCUUACAUAAAAAAGGCAUACAAUAGGGCUUCUUAAUGCUUUUUUUUUUUUAAGUGAUACAAAAUUUAAUCUACUGCCUUUGUAGGCCAUUUUCAAGCCUUUUUGUUUUUUGGUUAAUCCAGAGACGGCAUCCCAGCGCCUGUCUCUUUCCUCUGUGAAGACCCUUUGGGGAAAAUCUCUUUGGGAUGAGAGGGCUAUUCCCAGUGGCCAAAGGUUUAUAUUGUGUUUCUAUCAUCUAACGGUGCUUCUUUUCUACAGAAAGACAUGUAUUUUCACUGUCUGAACAGACAUACCUGGGCAAAUGUACAGUGUGCAAAUGUACAGUGUUUAGUGUGCUAGCCAUUGUCCAAGGGGGAUGUAAUGGCCGUCAGAUGAGAGGUGGCAUGUUCUGUGUCUUAUCACUUGUACAGAUGUGCAUUGAAAAAUGUCUAAAACUGUAUCAAAUGGCUGAACAUUGUGCUGUUUCUUCAGCCUGGGAAAAUUAUUCAAAUCGAAAAGCAAGUGAAGGUAAACCCUCGACCUCCAAAUAGCAGGUUAAAGGGGUUAUUGGUGCAUGGUUCAUGGCUAAGCCCCUCCCAGCGGCCAAUCACCACAUUAUAAGGUGCUAUAAAAAGUCUUCAGACUGAACUCUGUUAAUAAUAUAUCAUUCAUUUGAUCUUCCAGCAGAUAAUGGCUGCUGCUUAUAGGUGCCGUAACGUUAGUGAAAUUUCAAAAUUUUGUGAG